AUGAUGCGACACGGAAAUGAUCCUGUUAUAAGCGAUAGUUAUUUUCAAUCUAAUAUUUUUACAAAGAAACAGUGUUUAAACAUUCGAAGAAAAAGAUCGCAAAAUACUAACAACAAUAAUCUUUUUCGUCUUAAAUUAAGGAUUGGCGAAGAGAUUAUUUCGGAAAUUAGUAUGAAUCGUAAACACUUGAAAGUCCCAAAUUCUUCUUCAUUCUUGCCGAAAAUAAAGACUGUCAAGAGUCAAAAAAAUGAUGACUUUAUUACGUUUAAAAAUGAUUCUGAAGGUAGUGUCGUUGGUAUUGAUUCUUUCGACUCGACUAGGAAUCAUUAUGAGGACUAUGUUGUAGGCGUUCAACCCUUCAAUCGUAUACAAACGUUACAUGAUUCCCUGUUAAACGAAGACUUUCGAAAGAAUGAUAAUAGCAAUCAUUCAAAACUAUUUUUAGGUGUUAAAGAUAAAAAUUUAACAUUUAGUAACAAUGAGACUGUAUUCUCUAUGAAAUUAUCCUGUGUGCGUCCUUUAUCUGAAGACACUAUAAUAAAUAAUAACAAAAAUUCGAAUAUAUUUAAUAAUAUCGCUUCCAUCAGCGAAUCUAAUACAUUCGGUAAAGAAAAUAACUUGGCGAAAACACAAUCGGUAAAAAGAGUUUGUGACGUUAAUCCAUCUGUAGAAGCUACUGAAAUGCAUCUAACUUCGCGUACAGAGAAUGAGAACAAAAACAAGAAGAAUCAUGAUGAUAAUGAUGACGAAGAAAUACAAGAGAUACUUCGUAUUACCAGAAGAAGACGGACAAAUAAUAACAAUGAGAAUAUCAGAUACAGAUUGGAUCCUCCUAUAAACGAAGAUUCAUUGUCAUUUGAUCCCGAGGAAGAGUUAAGUAUCAUGAGAGAGAAGAGAUACCAUUUAGUAUAUACCAUACUAUGA